GAACGCACUCGUGUUUUACGUUUAUAUUGUCUACAUUGGAAUCUUCCAGUUCUUUACUUAACUGUUAAAUCUGCUAAAAAUUUUACAAAUUAUGCCCCAGAAUUCGAAAUAAGUAAAAUAUAUACUACCGCAAAUUAUUAUGCUAUUUAUCGUAGAAUUCUCGGUGGCCCUACAUAUGAUCGCGCCACGAGA